GGUUCAUGCUUCACUGUUCAUUCUCUCAAAGCCAAAUAUUCUGUCAUCCCAUAAUGGGAACAGAGUAGGAAGCUGCUUUAUUUAUGACACUCGGUGCAUCAGUGAUUAUAACGCGCCCCUGUACUGGCUCUUGGUGUUUCACCGCCAGGGGGUGUUUCUGCUGCUCUAGGAGGGAGAGAGAGAGAGAAAAAACUGAGCGCAGCAGGUGUUUCCAUACGCUAGCAAAAUGGGAGAGAAACGGUUCGGGAAAAUAAUAUUUCAUUGAUCGAGGCGUUACCUGACAUGAGGCUUUUGUGACACAUUUUAUCGCGGAGACGGUUUCGGGAUAUUUGCAGCAAAAGCGGACACCUGCUGCAACAGGGGUUUAAACGUCACGCUGUCGACUCGCGGGUUGUGCUGUUAAACAGUGUAUAUCACUAAAGAGCUCUCCAUGUCUCCGCUGAUCCCAGGCCCGACAUAAAUAAGGAUUGUUUCACGCGGCUUUGAAUCCUCAGUCACCGGGCUUAGAAUGAAAGAAAUGGUAGCACUGCAAAUAUUCACGAUCAGUACAGCCCCACACCGCAGGCGCUCGGACGAACAGUGGGGAUGUUUGAGAACAGGGUUAACACGAUGUGCACACCCGCUAUUCACGCUGGCUGUCGUCUAGGCGACACGUAGAGAUAAGGAUUUAGGGCGCUGAACGGCGAUACAGCACCGCUCCCAGCUUGUGCAGGCAGUGUGUGUAAACGCUGACGUCACCUUCGUCGGCUGCUACCGAGCCUCUUUCAAGAUGGCGUUACACCUGCUCGCCAGCUGGCGAUGAGCAAAACAAAACGUGACACGGAGGGGGGACCGAGCGCGCUGUUUUGUGGUUUUUAAACUUUCGUCGCUCUUGACACCUCCAGCAUGUCCACCGAGGAGCUGUCGACGUCGGACAGCGAGCCGGCCUUCGCAGGGGGCGAGCGCUGGGCCCCGGUGGGGGCCGUGGCCAGCCCGGAGGACGAGGAGCCGGCGGACGGGAAGAGCGACGCGCCGGGACCGCGGUGCCGGGGCGCGUCGUCGGCAGGAGCGGCGGACAUGGCGACGAGGCUGAGGAAGCUGCAGGAGGAGCAGGACCUGCUCAACUCGUCGCUCCUGGCCCUCACCUCGCAUUUCGCCCAGGUGCAGUUCCGCCUGAAGCAGAUCGUCCACGCACAGAGCGAGGAGAAGGAGGGGCUCCUGCAGGAGCUGGAGGAGUUCGCCUUCAAGGGCUGCCCCCACGUCCUGGGCUGCCGGGCACAGGAUGCUCAGGUGCUGGAGAACUCGGAGGAGCUGAGCGAGAGGGAGAAGAGGGAGCGGCUGGAGGCCCAGAGGGAGAAGCAGAGGGAGCUGAUCGUCCAGCUGAAGACGCAGCUGGACGACCUGGAGAGAUUCGCGUACCAGGAGGGCAGCUACGACUCCCUGCCCCAGUCCGUGGUCAUGGAGAGGCAGAGGGUGAUCAUCGACGAGCUGAUCAAGAAGCUGGACGUGAACCUGAACGAAGACAUCGGGAGGCUGUCCCCCGAGGAGCUGCGCCAGAGGGUGGACUCCGCCAUCGCGCAGAUCGUCAACCCCGCGCGCGUCAAGGAGCAGCUGGUGGAGCAGCUCAAAACCCAGAUCCGAGACCUGGAGAUGUUCAUCAGCUUCAUACAAGAUGAAGUGGGGAACCCCCUGCUGCCCGGUAACGGGCAGAGCCAGCCAACAGGAUCUGCGAACCCCAACAUGAGAGGCCCAGCGGGGAAUAGGAAAGUGGACCCGGAGCAGGCCAGGAAGAUGCGGGAGACGGGGCUGCAUCUGAUGCGCCGGGCGCUGGCCGUGCUGCAGAUUUUCGCCGUGAGCCAGUUCGGCUGCGCCACGGGGCAGAUCCCGCGCGGGCUGUGGCGGCAGGACGAGGCCGCCCAGGACUACGGGCCCCCGCUGCGGCGGCUGGAGGCCGCGGUGGACAGGGUGAGGCACCAGGCCCUGCGGAGGCAGCCCGUGGAGGAGCACGUCAUUAAUUACACCAGCGGGCCAGCCUGGGGGGCCCGGGAUGAGCUGACGGCCGCCGUGCGCAAGGAGCUGGCCAUGGCGCUGCGGGACCUGCUGGCCCACGGCCUCUACGCCCCCUCCCAGGGCAUGAGUCUGGUCCUGGCGCCCAUCGCCUGCCUCCUGCCCUCCUUCAGCUCCUCCCCUCAGACGCUCCACCCCUGGGAGCUCUUCGUCAAGUACUACCACGCCAAGAACGGGCCGGCCUUCGCGGAGUCUCCUGCCCGCAAGCUCUCGCAGUCCUUCAGCCUCCCCGUGGGGGGCGGUGGCGCCGCCACCGUGACCCCCAAGCAGUCCCUGCUGUGGGCCGUCCACCAGGUCCUGCGCGAGCACGACCCCUUCAAGCGCGGCGCCGACUCGGAGUUCAAAGCGCUGGUGUGCCUGGCCCUCAACGAGCAGCGGCUGGUGUCCUGGCUCAACCUCAUCUGCAAGGCGGGCAGCCUGGUCCAGUCACACUACCAGCCCUGGAGCUACAUGGCCCAGACCGGCUUCGAGAGCGCCCUGCACAUCCUGAGCCGCCUCAGUCACCUCAAGUUCCACCUGCCGGUCGACCUGGCCGUCCGCCAGCUGAAGAACAUCAAGGACGCGUUUUGACCCCCCCUGGGGGUGACGGUUCUGGCAGCCAUGUUGCUGCUGGGACGUCACUAACAAUUGUCGAAUUGGAGACCUGUGACGUUACACCUACAGCACGAUUCCACUGCAAUCACAAAAUCAGCAAACGAGUUUUACAGUCGUGGGAGGGUUUGUUACAUGUUCAUUUUUAGCGAGCCAUGUGGUUUACUUACUCAUUUAUUGCCCACUUUAGAGGGCUCCUGGUCACAGAUCUGCCCUCAUAAUUUUGCCAUAUCUGUACAGAAUGUUUAACAUUCCAAAAACACUACUGGGGUUUUUUAUAUUUGCAUUCUAUAUUUUCAUGUUGUGAAUUCGUUUCUAACUCGUUCUGUGUCAUUAUUGACAAUGCCGUCGAAAGCUGACAACCAAAAUCAAAGUGCACCGUGAUGUAUGCUUGCCUGUGCAGGGUACUCUGUAUCUCGCUGUGAGUCAGAGGUUUCCCCAUUGUUUCGAUCUUGAGCUCAUCAGGGAGACACCGCUCCAGCUCGCGUUGAGCCUGUGCAAAGCUGCUCCAACAGAAACCCGUCUUUACUGAAAUGAUUAAGUCUCCUCCUGUACUGCAGCACUUGUGGCUGUAAAGAAACUGCCGAUUCCCCAGUGCACGGGUGUAAACUGCAAUAUACAUUACAAUUCUAAAUUAUGUUAAACUCUAAAUUGGCACUGCAGAGAAUAGGAACUCCUUGAGCACUGUAGUGUCAUCUGGUUUAGUUCUAUGCCAACAAAUCCAUAAUGUCUUCAAAGACCUACUUCAAAGCUGUUGUGGGUCUUAAGAAUAUAACUGUUUCACAUCUUUUGAGGGACAGGAUAUCAUAGUACAUCAUAGUACUUUUAUGGUCUCAGGAUUAAAAACACUAUUAAUAGUAGAAGAUUUCUCAUAGUAAACCUGAAUGUAUGACUGUAAAGAUCUACAAACUGAGUCAAUGCCAAUGCAACUUACAAUUACUAGUCUACUGUGGUAUGUAUUGCUUGCUAAGACUAUUAGAAUAUAGCGUGCUUAGAAAGCAAACUAAAAACACACUGGAUGUAGUUUAUAUUUGUAGUACCUUAUGACAGAAACUUGAUGAAAUGAGUUAUCUGCACAGAUUUUUUUUUAUGGCUGCUUACUUUUGCUUGUUAAAAAUAAGAGAUGUGGUAUUUUUAAUAUUAAGGAGUUUAAUGUAUUCUGUAUAUUAUAAUUAAGCUGAUCAUCACAUAGAAAGGGUCCUUAAUUUGUCGAUUUGGGGGCUGACAGAAAAAGUAGAACAUUUUUAUUAAUUCCAAAAGGUGUUUGUAAUGUAUGCAUAUCAAAAAACAGAACUGAAUGUACCAUUGUAAAAUACUGUAUGAUAUAAAUCAAGUUAGCAGCUCUGCUGAACUGGUAAGAUGUGGGCAAGUGUGGAAACACAUGCAGUCCCCUGCACAGUGCAGCAGGGGGCAGUCAACACAGGUCCAGUCAAGGGAUGUGCAGUCCUGUUCCUGGAGGGACAGUUUGCCAUGUGUCUGUCAAGGUACCUUUAAAGCAGCAGACUUUGAAGAGCUGCUGCUACAUUGGUCCACUUAAGGCAGUAACCAGCUCGUUAAGUGCUGAGUUGAACCGGCUCUACAGGAUCAAGAUUAGAGACCUCCAUUGCAAAAUGGUAAUUUGUGAUAGAUUGAGUUGAUUUUACUCAGGAAUCACUGGCACAUAUUCUGAUUAUUCCUCACUCCAUGUAACAGUAAGUCUGGACAGAGAACACUAGCUGAAUCAAAUCCAGGUGUACAACUACAGAUCUGGCUUGGCGUGUGUAUUGAGGGAAUGCAGAGAAAAUCAGUGUUCCUAUGCUCUUGUCUUUUGUUUAGCAGAACUUUGAUUAAGUGAGUUUUUUCAUGUAUAUACUGUGACUGCGCUUGCCAGACAAAGAUUGACAUUGAAAGGAGACAUUGGUCCUUAUUUUCCACAUGGGCACAUUGCCUGCUCCAAAGUAAAUGAAUUAGGUGGGCAAUUUGCCUACACCCUGCACUUGGCCUAGAGUAAAAAUAAAUCUCAUAGACAUUUUGUUUUGCACAGACUGAUAUCCUUGAAAUCCAGAUUAACACCGUCAGUCAUAGUGAGGAAACCUAUAUGGUUAUACCCAGUUGUCACUGACUCUUGGUUACGUAGGACAAACUGUUCUAACUUAUUGCCAGAUGUUCUGGCUGCUUGUUAGUGCAAGCUGUGUGCUCCUUCGCUGCUGUAGGAUUCCAAUAAAACCUUUUCCUCAAGAAACUCCAUGUUAUUAUGUGAGAAAGGAAAGGGUAGUAAGAAUACUUCUUUUGGUCCGUUACAGAUGAAACAAUGGGCCUUCUUGAAGUUUGGCUCGGGUCUGUGCAGUUUAAUUGGGUCAUUGUGGUUUUUCAAGCUGCCUUUCCUAAACGACUUCCUGAGAAGUCUUUUGUUGCUUUACUUGUAUUGUGUAUUUGCAGGAAUGGAACAUGUUGUGUACUGUAGCUAAAUCCAGGAAAUGCUUCUGGCCUGUCUGGGUGGGGCAUCUUGAAGUAAUCUAAUCCUGUCUUCAUCCGUACCGCUCCUGUCUUCCCAGGAAAAAAUUGUUCCCUUAAAAAGUCACAAAAUGUAUUGACGCUUGAAGCAAUUGCUCUUCAAACCCAUUUUAAAGCGAGAGUUGACAUCUGGAGAAACUGCUGGUUUCUUGGUCUACCUUUGGGUGGGUCCUGCUGACUCGGUCCAUAUACAGUCGAUAUAGUUACCUGGUGCCAAAUCCAUACAUUUGAUUUAUUUGGAGGUUAUAAAGUCAGAAGCUGAAUGAGCUGCCCUUGGUAAAUGAGGUACACGUCGACCAUUACUAGUGGAGGUGUGAGGUUAUUGUGCCUGCUCCUGGAAACUUAGGAAUGACGGGAGGUUUAGCAUGACUGCCUUGCAGCGCUGGGGCCCAGGGUUCAGUUCUGGGGGCAGUGUCUGUGUGGAGUUUGCAUGUUCUCCCCGUGUUUGCAUGGGUUUCCUCUUGGUGCUCUGGUUUCCUCCCACAGUCCAAAGACACUCCAGUGGGAGUGGAUGCCCUUCAGUGGACUGGCGUCCAAUCCAGGGUGGAUCCUGCCUUGAGCCCAUUGCUUGCCAGGUCCAGAUGGCAAGGCUCUGGCAGACAUACAUUUUAGAAAUACAAAAAUCCGAUGUGUACUUUUUUUUGUGGAAUUAAUCACACGGGUUGUUCAAAUGAAAUUUAUGUAUUUAUGUAUUUAUUUCUCUGUUUUUAGUAGAAUAGAGAUACCUAAUGCUAAAGACAUUUUAAAACCAACAAUUAAAAGUAUUUGAUUGCUGACAGGCCUAAGUAUCAUCUCAAUACGUAGCAGUGAAUUUGGGAAGUCAGUAAUUUUCCACAAUAUUUUCUGUUUCCUCUGCCCUGUUACUGCUUCCGGCUUCCUUGGUGUCUUCUUUAAGAAGGUGUAAUUUAUUGUGUGAUCUGGUUAAAGCUGUACAUGUGUCUAAUUUAUCCUCAUGUAGAGGGGUGUGUAUAUAUCUUUGAUUUCCAAAAAUAUAUUUUCAGUAAUGUGUAAAUGUAUUUGAUUUGUAGAUAUGUCUGUUAUUUGACUGACAAAUGCAGAGAAUAAAAAUUUCCAUCUGUA